AUGAAUAUAAUGAGAAAGUUAAGAGGAAGUGGAGGUAUAUCCACAACAACAGGGGAUGAAACAAUUCCAAAUCCUCAACAUACUGCAUUGGGGUUGAACCAUCUUAAAAAGCUUUUCUCCGAAUAUUUACAUCCACCGCAGACCUUAACUAAAAAAGAGUUGGACGAUAAGCUUUAUAACAUGCUUCCCCUUUUUUGUAAGGUUUUCGGCAACUGUCCAUCAUCAGACAUGACAGACAAAUUUAAAGAUAUUUUGUUAUUUUGUCGAGUUGUUUCUCAAUUAAUGGUGGGAGAAAUUAGGAAAAGAGCAUCUAAUCAAAGUACCGAAGAAGCUAGCACUGCAAUUGUUAAAUUUCUUGAAAUUGAAAAUUCUGAGGAAUCUAGUAAUGGCUGGAUGCUUCUUACCACAAUUAAUUUAUUAGCAUCUGGGGAUGAUGCAUUGGUACAGGUCAUGACAUCAAUUUCUGUGCCGAGUACUUUGGUUAAAUGUCUAUAUUUAUUUUUCGAUCUUCCUCUUAUGGAAGAAAAUGAAGCUGAUCAAGAUAAUAAUCCACAUAGUGAAUUCACACCGAAAGAAAGAAGAAUUUUAUUGCAAAAGAUAUUUGUACAGGUUCUUGUACGAUUAUGUAGUCAUCCAGGCCCAGCUCAUGAACUUUCGAGGAAGGAUGAUUUGUCGUUAUUAUUUUUAGCCAUUACUAGCUCAUGUCCCCCUUGCAACAUUAUGUGGAGAAAAUCGGCUGCAGAAGUUUUAAUGACUUUGUCAAGACAUGGUUUAACCCAACCAGUUGUAAGCUACAUUCAUAACAAAUGCUGCAUGGCUGCUUGCAUUGAAAACAUGCAAAGAGCUCAGGAUUUAACUCCUUUAGAAAUAAUUGAAAUUUUUGUUAGUAUUUUUUGUAUUUUAAAGGAUUCAAGUGAAGUUGCUCAAACUUUGCUGGAAGAUUUCAGAUCGUGUCAGGGUUAUUUCUUUCUUUCAGAAUUUUUACUUAGAAUAGAACAUGAUAAUUCGAGAGAAGCUCAAGAUGCUGUCAGGAAUUUGGUUCUUAUGAUCUCUUCGUUAUGUAUGUGCGGAUACAUAGAAUUGAAACCAAGCCAAGCUUCAACUGAUUCCCUGUUUCAAAUGGCUGGAUUUAAUUUACCUCAACCGUCAGGAAGAGGAGUCAGUGUCAGAAAUAUACAAGCUUUUCAUGUUUUGCAAUCAAUAUUUUUAAAAUCAAAUUCUUCUGCUCUUUGUUCUGUAAUACUUGAUGCCAUAUCUAGCGUUUAUCAUGCAGAUAAUGCCAAUUAUUUUAUAUUAGAAGAUCAACAUACUCUUCCUCAAUUUGCUGAAAAAAUUUAUACAAAAUCUCAGGAGAUUCAAGAUAAAUUUUUUCAGCUUUUAGAAUUUGUAGUGUUUCAGUUAAAUUUUGUUCCUUGUAAAGAAUUAAUUUCCUUAUCAAUAUUGUUAAGGAGCCAGGAAUCAGUGACUUGUUCCAUAACUUGUAUGAAAACAUUACUGAAUAUAUUAAGGUACAAUUUAAUUUUUAAAGAUGUAUAUAGAGAAGUGGGCUUGCUUGAAGUUUUCGUAACAUGCUUAAAACGAUAUGCAGCUUUGCUAAAAGAAAAACAACAGGCAAUCGAAGAAGGAAAAGAUUUCCAAAUAUCGGAAUCUAAUGAAAAACUUGGAUUUCUUGUUAUGGAAACUCUGACGCACUUACUGUCGGGUAAUUCUACAAAUGCGAAUUUAUUUCGAGAAUGUGGAGGAGCACGUUGCGCUCAUAAUUUAGUACCUUAUAUGGAAUGUCGGCAUCAAGCUCUCGGAAUAGUGCGAGAAUUGGUUCUUACUGGUGGUGGAGACGAUGACAUGGGAACACUUUUAGGAAUGAUGCAUUCUGCUCCAGCUAGUCAUAUUUUGUUUAAAUUUCACAUAUUACAGUCAUUAUUGAGCUGCUUGAGAGAAAGUCAUAAAACUCGUACGGGGUUUCGAAAAGGGGGAGGUUUCGUUUAUGUCAUGUCGGUAUUAGUUUCUAUGGAGGGAUGCCUUUCGGAUGAACCACAACCCCCUUGGAAUACAAUCCUCAAAAAAAAAAUUUUCGGAUUACUUCACAUGGUUUUCAGUUCCAUAACUGUCCCCAUGCGAUUUGAACCUGCUAAUGCUAAAUUUUUCCAUCAAGAAAUUUGUACUCAAAGCUUAUGUGAUACCAUUAAAUUAUUGGGUUGUUUUUCAACGGAAACUGAAUUGUUGGACAGUUCUGAAUUAAUUGUUGCUAAAGAAGAACCAUCAUUUCAUGCAUUGUUCACUGGAAACAUUCUCAAUCCCACCAUUCCAGAACACAUUCCGUUAAGGUUAUCUUAUCAGUGUUUAGUUUUAAGACUCCUGUACGAUGUUGCAUUAGACGCUUACGAUAAAAAUAUUAAUUACGCGAAUGUUUCUUACCGAUCGCCAUCACAUGGCAGCAAAAAAAAACCAAAUUAUCAAAAAUUAACCGACUCCCCCGGAUCUAGUCGUCGAACUCCGCAAGUAUCUAGUCUUAAUUUGGUUCAAUCUUAUACGGAGCCAGUAAUUGUACAUUCUGACAUUGUUGUAGCCAUGUUGCAUUUAAUUCCUUGUAUUUAUUGUUCGAAUUAUCCCCAGGUUUCUUUGAAUUUGCAAAUGUUUGCUGCCGAAAUUUUAAAAUCUUUGUUGAGAAGUGAAAGAAAUCAGCAAUUGAUGUGCGAAUCGGGGCUCCCUGGAGAUUUACUAAAAUGUUGUAGGAUUGCACUUGAGGAAGAAGCUCAUCCCCUACAUUCUCCCUUACAAUACAUUUUAAAAAGAUUAGCGGCCCAAAACAUCGAACCGAAAGAUUUAAGAGAAUUUUUGCGACUGGGAGAUCCCUUAAAUUGUGUAUCUAUGGAUGAUAUUGAAUCUGUGAUAAAUAGUAGACCUAGCCAUCGCAUUCCUGGAGGCCCAGUACCUUUAACUAGAAUUAAAACAUUAGUUUCGAUGACGACUCCAAGAGAUUUUUCUUCUAGCGGGCAAAACUAUGCGACUUCUCCUGCCUUUGUUGAACUGGAUAUGUCAGCAGAAGGAUUCGGUUGCUUGUAUUUGCCUUCUAUAGCACCUCAAAGUCCUGCUGGUCCGGGAGUAGUUACGGGUGCUUUACUGUCCGUGGAUAAUAACGUGGUUGGGGGUAUAGGAUCAGGGGAUAGAAUUUUUCCACCUCAAACUGGAUUAUCCUUUUCAACGUGGAUUUGUAUCGAAAAAUUUUCCGACCCUAGAACGGAUCCCCACAGUGUGCGAUUGUUAACCAUAGUCAGAAAUUUUCAAGGAAGAGAUGAACACCUCAUAUGUUUAGCCGUAGUAUUAUCAGCUAGGGACAAGUCGAUUAUUAUUUCAACUCAGGAAACCUUAUUACCUCAAACUGAAUGGGAACCUGAAUUACUCGGCGAAGGAUGUGGCAAGAUACGGUGUCCGGACAUGUUUCAAGAAGGACAAUGGCAUCACGUAGUAUUAGUUCUUAACAGAGCCGUAUUAAAAAAUUCAACUUUUUCAAUGUAUUUGGACGGGCAACACGUAAACACGAUCAAGCUUCAUUACAUAUCCCAAAAUCCUGGAGGAGGUGCCGCAAACCUCACGGUAGCUUCUUCUGUUUACGCCUACAUUGGAACUCCUCCAUGUUGGAGACGAUAUUCAAGGCUUAAUUGGAAACAAGGCCCGUGUCAUUUAGUAGAAGAAGUUCUCAAUCUUCAAACCGUCGUUACAAUUUACAAACUUGGACCGCAGUAUACCGGGAGUUUUCAGGCGCCACAAUUGAAUGGUUCAGAUUUGCUUGCUCCCUUGAUAUACGAAGAAAAAUUAAUAUUUGGAUUGAACGCCAAAGCCGUAUCUAAUUUAACCCUUGCCAAAAUUCGCAAAGUGUACAAAAGAGCUGACAACAAGAGUAUUGCUAAACAAUUGGGAAUGACAUCUCACGAAAACGCAACACCUAUUCGUAUUUUACACAACUCCUGUGGGCAUUUGGCCGGACCCGCCAGAAGUCUCGGUGGAGUUGUGGUAGCUUACCUCGGAGUUCGCGUUUUUUCUCCCAGGCCUGUUGCCAAAAUGAUUGAUAACAUUGGCGGCUGUGCAGUUUUAUUGGGUCUCAUUGCAAUGGCGCAAGAUGUGGAAUCUCUUUAUGCUGCAGUAAAAGCAUUAGUUUGCGUUGCUCGUGCAAAUAAAAAUAUUCAAUUGGAAAUGGAUCGAAAGCGUGCUCAUCAAACGUUGGCCAUGUUGCUUAAAAAGAAGCGACAUUUGCUAAACAGUCACAUAUUACAUUUGGCCUUUAGUUUAGUUGGCACCGUCGACAGCGGUCGCGAAUCUUCGAGUAUUCCCGAUGUAACUGCUUUUCAAGAUUUACUUUGCGAUCUCGAGAUAUGGCACGAAGCACCGGGAGACCUUCAAAAAUCACUUUUAGAACACAUAUACGAAUUAGUGACCGAGUCGAGCGAAAAGAAAAUCAAUAUAAAAAUUGCAAGAGAUCUUAAAUUAGUACCCAGAUUGUUAUAUAUCAUCGAAGACAUUACAUCCGGAUCCACGAGACAAAUUACUUUAUCACUUUUGGGUGCUUUAUUAGCCCAACCUAGAGAUAGCGAUUUACUACGAUUCGGGCAGUUUUUGGUAUCUACUCUACCCGUGUCCACAAGUGGUGUCGUAGAAAAGAAUAUUGAUCUGAAAGAUGCGAGUGAAGAGCACGCGAAAUUGAUAAAUAACAUAGGGCUAAGAAAUAGAUGUUUACAACUUUUGCAUUCGUUACUGUUUGGCUCCAAAAAUAACGUAAACAUAUCGUUUUGCGAAGAUUUCUCACGAAUUCUCGGAUUAGAUUGGAUACUCUUGUUUCUUCAAGGACACUUACAUUCGACCACCGUCGUGUGGGGUUUUCGUAUACUAAUAGUCACGGUAUCGAUUCCGACACUCAUUGCAAAAUUUCGAGAAGGCACCGGAAACGGAGGUUGGAUCAAAGAUUGCGAAAUGGUUUUGCAAUCGAAAUUGGGAGUUCCCUUUGGGUAUCAAAUAAGAGCCAGCGCCAGUUCGCCCAAACUCCUUCACAAUCGUUCCGAAGCUUUAUCGGUUCCCGGGUUUCAGUCUUUAAGUUGGCUUUUACCAAAGCAUAUCGACGUACCUGAAGUUUAUUUUUUAUUAAUAGCAUUAAUGAUGGGCCAACCCGUGAAAUUGUUACCCGUCGAUUCAAAGCUGGAUUUGGACAGUGUUUGGAAUUUUUUAUUCGGUACAAAUGCCAAAGAUGGAAUUCCCAUACUUUCGUCGAAAAUACCAUUAUGUCCCGAAGCUGUCAUCACCAUUCUCGCCAUGGUUCGGACGAUGUUAAAUCAGGAAAACAAAAGUCCGGAAAGUUUACCAGAAUGGCUUCGAGAAUAUCCGGUUACCAUCAUUCAAUUUAUUUUUUUCCUCUAUCACAACCUACGGGAUUUAAUGCCGAUUUUCAUGUCGGGAGAUGUGUUGAACGCUUUGUCAUCGACGUUAUUUCCAAGAAGUAAUCCAGACAGUAAAUCAUCGACGCCCGAAGAUUGCAAAGGACUCGAAGACGUAGUGUUUGUAAGAAGCGAUUCGCAAGAAGUUGAACUCACAUCUCAUCCGGCAAAAAAAUUAGUUUUGGAUUUUUUACGAGUGAUUGUCGUUGACUCGCUAUCGUUGCCGCUAAUCGUCAAUAAUAAAAGUCCUCCGGUCAUUGAUUUGGUUUUGGAGGCUUCACCCGAUGACUGCACAAUGCAACAGCAAGCACGGUAUCAAACGGAAAUCCUCUCUACGUUAAUGGAUCAUUUACUUGCUGCCGAUGUUCUCAUCGGUGAUCAUGCCGCUCUCCCCAUCGUCUCCGGUGGAAAUUUGUCGAAUAUCCCUCAUAACGUUUGCUACCUUUCAUCCAGAAUAGUUGAUAAAUUAUGGCAGGGUACGCUGUCGAAAGAUCCUCACGAAAUAUUCGAUUUCAUAGUUAAAUUAAUUUCUCAAGCGAAAAGAAGGUCGACCAAUGUGCCUUUGGAAGGCUUGUACCAUUGCUUAAAUCGAACAGUUUUAUUUUUGCUUUCCAGACCCACGAAUUCAAUUUCACAACAAACAUCCGUGUUGGAAGCUUUGCAUAAAUUAACUACUCACAGGGUUUUGAUUUUCGGCGUCGGUAAUCACGAACUCGAUUUCAUCGGAUGUCUCACCUACUGUCUCAUUCAAUUGAAUUCGGAUAUGAAAAUAGUUUUGGACACAAAUAUGAAAACCAUGUGGCAUGUGAAUCCGGUGAAUGCAGAAGAAAAUUUAACCGCUCAACAAGCUCAAAAUUUAAUGUCCGUCGCCGCUCGAAGAGUUUGGGAAGAAUUAUUCAUUUAUAAAAAGCCGGCAAUCGAAGAGGUGUUCAAAAUACCAUUAAAUACUGCCAAUAAUAAAGUACCGGAUUUGUUGAGCGUUCGGGAGCAAGUUGUCGAACCCGCCACGAAACUUUGGCUCAAUUAUAUCGAAGCAGAAAGAAAAAGUUUACAUCGCGUUCCGUGGGAAUUGCAAAAUCAAAUUCAAUCGAAAAUUCAAAAAGUCACGGGAGGUCUCACAAGAUUGGCGAGCCGAACGAAAGUCAAAAAAGAAGAAAUAAUUAAAGUUCGCCGUUCGCAAAUUUCAUUUUCCGAAGUUUUCGAUUGGGUUCAAAGUCAAACGUCUUUGGUUAAAGAAUUGGUCGAAGCGAGAUUGAAAAAUCAUUAUUUGGGACAAGAGCACAUGUUAAAAUACAUGCUCGAAGAAUGGACGUUAAUGCAAACGGAAUUGACGAGAGAGCGAGGUCUUUGGGGUCCUAUUUUACCCAUAAAGCUGGAUAAAUGGAUGCUCGACAUGACCGAGGGUCCCUGCAGAAUGCGAAAAAAAAUGAUGAGAAAUGAUUUGUUUUAUUUGCAUUAUCCCUAUCGACCUUUCAUGGAUGCUCCAGAUAAUAAGGCUUUGAAGUACAAAGUUGCGACUAGUUGGGACAGUAAAGAAUAUUUUCUCAAAAAGAGAUUUUCCCACAAUUGGUUCGAUUCGGAAAAGGAUUUAAUAUUUGAUUCUCAAGACGUGACACCUUCAGUUCCUGAAGAUUUGAAAGAAGCCAACAGUUUUCAGGCUAUGCCACUUAACAGAACCGUGUCAGAUCCCGAUGAUGUUUUAGAAGAUGCAGAAAAUGAUUCUGGAAACGUUGACGAAACGCCCCAGCCUGAUAAUCAAACUCUAAUAAGGCUCCUCGAAGAUAACGAGAAGAUAUCGCACAUGUUUCGCUGUGCUCGAGUUCAAGGUUUGGACACAACCGAGGGUUUGCUUCUUUUCGGAAAAGAACAUUUGUACGUCAUCGAUGGUUUCACGUUAUUGAAAUCGCGCGAGAUUCGAGAUAUCGAAUCAAUUCCAGAGAAUGGAAAUUACGAACCGAUUCUUCCCAGCACGGGAUCACCCAGAAGAUCGAGAGCCAUGAGACAAUGUUCUAAAUUUUCUUACGAUGAUAUCAGAGAGGUUCACAAAAGAAGGUAUCUUUUACAACCCAUGGCUCUGGAAGUUUUUUCCGGAGACGGUCGUAAUUAUUUGCUUGCUUUUCCUCGAAAACUAAGGAAUAAAGUCUAUCAGAGAUUCCUGGCUUUUGCCACGGGAAUCGCUGAUAGCGCUCAACAAAGUGUGGCGGGUCAAAAAAGGACGGCUAACGUCGAACAAGCUACUGGAAUAUUAUCCAGUUUGAUCGGUGAAACCUCCGUCACUCAACGAUGGGUGAGGGGAGAAAUUUCAAAUUUUCAGUAUUUGAUGCAUUUAAACACGCUGGCGGGAAGAUCGUACAACGAUUUGAUGCAGUAUCCCGUAUUCCCAUGGAUUUUGUCCGAUUACGAUUCGGAAGAAUUAGAUCUCACGCAUCCUUCGUCUUUUAGAAAUUUUUCUCAACCCAUGGGAGCUCAAACCUUGGACAGAUUAAAUCAAUUUAAAAAAAGAUACAAAGAAUGGGACGAUCCGCAUGGCGAAACUCCGCCUUAUCAUUACGGUACUCAUUAUUCGUCCGCCAUGAUCGUUUGCUCGUAUUUAGUCAGAAUGGAGCCGUUCACUCAACAUUUUUUACGGUUACAAGGAGGACAUUUUGAUUUAGCCGAUAGAAUGUUUCAUUCGAUAAAAGAAGCUUGGCUUUCAGCUUCUAAACACAAUAUGGCGGACGUGAAAGAAUUGAUACCGGAAUUUUUUUACCUGCCUGAAUUUCUUUGCAACGAAAACAAUUUUGAUCUCGGUUGUAAACAAAAUGGUGUCGAACUUGGGAAUGUUGUAUUGCCUCCGUGGGCUAAAAACGAUCCCAGAGAGUUUAUCAGAGUUCACAGGCAAGCUUUGGAAUGCGAUUACGUUUCUCAACACCUUCACGAAUGGAUCGACCUUAUUUUCGGUCAUAAACAAAAUGGAUCCGCUGCCGUGGAAGCAACUAAUGUUUUUCAUCACCUUUUCUACGAGGGAAAUGUCGAUAUUUACAGCAUUGACGACCCUCUGAAAAAAAAUGCAACAAUAGGUUUUAUCAACAACUUUGGACAAAUCCCCAAGCAACUCUUCAAAAAACCGCAUCCGGCUAAAAAACUGGGAGGAAGUAAAUCCUUUGUUUUGGAUGCGACCGGAAUUACAAAUUUGUCAUCUCAGGAUAAAUUUUUCUUUCAUCAUUUAGAUAAUCUUCGUCCUUCAAUGCAACCGAUCAAGGAACUAAAAGGACCGGUGGGACAAAUUUUAUCUGUCGAUAAAUCAAUGCUGGCAGUUGAGCAGAAUAAAGUUUUGGUUCCCCCAACGUUUAGUAAAUACGUCGCCUGGGGAUUCGCGGAUCACAGUCUCAGAAUCGGUACCUACGAUUCCGACAAAGUGUUGUUGGUUUGCGAAGAACCCUUCGGAGAAAUUGUUUGUUGUACUUGUCCGUCGAAUCGUCUUAUCGUCACGGCCGGCACGAGCACGGUCAUAAAAAUUUGCGAAUUGAAUAAAAAAUCAUUGUCAAUUAAACAAUGCCUUUACGGUCAUACCGACGCGGUCACGUGCUUGACAUCUAGUCCCGCGUAUAACGUUAUUGUGUCCGGAUCCAGAGAUCAAACGGCGAUCGUUUGGGAUUUGUCAAGAAUGAUUUUUGUGAGACAGUUGACGGGACAUUCGGCUCCGCUGGCAGCUGUUACCGUGAAUGACUUGACGGGAGAUAUAGCCACGUGUGCAGGGACUUGGGUACAUUUAUGGAGUAUAAAUGGCGACGAACUGGCUUGCGUGAACACAUGCGUUGCUCGAGCUGAUAGAAUGCAGCAAAUCCUUUGCGUUGCAUUUUCCACCACCAACGAAUGGGAUUCGCAAAAUGUUAUUAUUACCGGGUCAUCGGAUGGUGUCGUACGAAUGUGGUCGUUGGAUUACGUUCAAGUUCCCAUUACCGAAAAGCAAAAUACGGCAAAAAGUGUUGUCGUAGAAGAAGAAGAUAAAGAAUUAAAAGAAGGAGAGGAUGUUGAUGAAAACGUACGUGAAAACGAAUCCGAUAAUGACAAAAGGAGGAAAAGAAUGAAAAAUUUAGUUGAGCAAAUGAGCGUUUCGGCCGAGCAAACGACUACUACCGAAGAAGGAGGAGGACAUUUGGUUAAAAGCGGAUCGGAAAGUAGUUUAUCCGAGGACGAUAAAAUAAACACGAAAGAAAAUGCGGAAGAAGAGGAAAAAGAAAGAUGUAGCGGAAAAGAAGACGAGGAUGACAAUUACAAUGAUAACGAUAACGAUAAAAAUGCCAAACUCGCUUGCGAUUUAGAAUUUCGAAAAAGGUUGAGCAUAGACAAUAAAUCGAAAUCGGAGGAGAUUCGAACGACGGCGUCGGAUGACUCUUCGUGUAACAAAUGGAGGAGGUCGUCGUGUAAAGACGAAGUUGUUUCUUCCGACGUGGAAAACGAUUUAAAAUCGGAUUCGUCUAAAAAAGAUUCGGACGUGAGUAGUAAACCGUCACCCGUAGUGAGACGACGAAGGAGUUCAGCCGCGCGGAAUCCCGAAUUUAGAAAAAGCGAAGGUUGUUCGCCAGCAUCGGAAAAAUCAAAGAGUGACAAUAAUAAUAAAUCGACGAGUCACGAGGAUCCAGGCGUGAAUUGCGAAGAUGGUAACAAAAUAAGAUCGAGUAAAAGUGACACGAGUUUAACGGAUUCUUUCGUCAUGGUUGAAAAUAACGGAGGUUUGAGUGCUAAAGAUGGCAGGUGUAAUCAUCAUCUGCAAAAUAUUUUACGGGAGGGAUUUCGUUGGCAAAGACAAUUACUUUUCAAAGCCAAACUAACGAUGCACACAGCCUUUGGGAGAAAAGACAAUACUCAUCCUGCUUCGAUAACGGCACUCGCGGUGUCCAAGGAUCAAAAAACGGUUUUCGUCGGGGAUACGAGAGGACGAGUUUUUUCAUGGAGCGUGGCCGAACAACCGGGUAGAACAAUGGCGGAUCAUUGGUUGAGAGACGAAGGUGCGGAAUCGUGCGUGGGUUGCGGAGUCAAAUUUAAUAUUUACGAAAGGAAACAUCAUUGCAGGAAUUGCGGUCAAGUUUUUUGUUCCAAGUGCAGUCGAUUCGAAUCGGAAAUAUCGAAAUUGAAAAUUUUGAAACCCGUUCGAGUGUGUCAAAAUUGUCACAAAUCGUUAUCGAAACAAAAACAAGAUAAUAACAAACCUCCUUCUCACGUUGUUAACUCUUAG